CUCUUUGCGAGCGCAGCGGCGGCGUUUAGCGGCUGACAGGCAGCGGCGGGGGAGCGCCGGCCCGGGGCAGAUUAUGAAAAUAUUCUGAUCAAUCCGUUUAAAAAAAUUCAGAACUGCAUUAAGGCUUCACCAUAAAUCUUUUUGGCUGCUUAUGAAGUUUUUGAUAUUAAAGCUGCACUAUUGAAAUGAAGAAAAGGAGAAAGUUCCCUGGAAAUCUAAAUGAGAAGCUACAUUUUGGCCAUGAGAAAAAUAUUUCUGAUGGGGUUCUUAUAGUAGAUUCUGACCAAGAAACUGUCACCAAAUCUGCAGAAGUAGCUAUUACGGACCAACUUGACUGUUCCCAAGAACUUCCUCCAUCACCAGAACAAAGAAAACUCUUAAGUUCACUGCAGUAUAAUAAAAAUCUACUUAAAUAUUUAAAUGAUGAUAGACGGAAACAACCAUCUUUUUGUGACUUACUUAUAAUAGUAGAAGGAAAAGAAUUUAGCGCACACAAAGUUGUUGUAGCUGUUGGCAGUAGUUAUUUUCAUGCUUGUUUGAGCAAAAACCCAAGCACGGAUGUUGUCACACUGGAUCAUGUAACUCAUUCUGUUUUUCAACAUUUGCUUGAGUUUUUGUACACAUCUGAGUUUUUUGUAUAUAAAAAUGAAAUCCCUUUAGUGUUGGAAGCAGCUAAAUUUUUAGACAUUAUAGAUGCAGUCAAACUGCUCAAUAAUGAAAAUAUUUCCUGCAUACAAUCUGAAGCGUUAACUGAAAACCCAAUACCAGCUGAAACUCUCAAUGAAUUGACUGGUAAACUAUCAAAUAGUCACCAGUGCACUUUUUGCAGUCGAAACUUCUGUUACAAGAAAUCCUUAGAAAACCACUUGGCUAAAGCUCACAGAUCCCUUCCACUGGAAAAAAAACAUGGUUUAAAAAUGGUUGAGAAAGCAGACUUUUCUACCAGAAGAUCUACAAGGAACCGUAAAUGCCCAGCUAAGUUUGAUAACAGUGAUAACGAAAGCAGCGAUGUGUCUGACAGCAAGGAAAAAGUCCAUUCUGAGAGAGAAAUAUCUGUUAAAAACGAAUGUGAAGAUAAUGGAAGUGACUGCAAUGCAGAUGAAGAGGGUCAGGAAGAAGAAGAAAUACCAGAUGAAGAUUCUGAUGCUGAAGAGCAAAGUAAAAAAGAACAUAAUGAUACUGAAGUGAGUCCUGAGCCAGUUGAUUCAGUAGGAAAUAUUCCUGAAGGUUUAACUCCAGUAAUCAUUCAGAGUAGUAGCAAAAAACUAUUGCAGUGUCCCAAGUGUGACAAAACAUUUGAUCGAACAGGGAAGCUCGAGAUCCAUACCCGUGCACACACAGGUGAGAAGCCCUUCGAGUGUGAUAUUUGUCAUCAGCGCUAUUCCACAAAAUCUAACCUGACAGUUCACAGAAAGAAACACAAUAAUGAAACAGAAUUUCAUAAGAAGGAGCACAAAUGUCCAUAUUGUAAUAAACUUCAUGCAAGCAAAAAGACCCUAGCAAAACAUGCAAAGAGGUUUCAUCCAGAGAACGUACAAGAAUUUCUUUCCAUUAAAAAGACAAAGAGUGAAGGCUGGAAAUGUGAUAUUUGUAAGAAAUCUUUUGCUCGAAGACCCCAUUUGGAAGAACACAUGAUUCUUCACACUCAGGAUAAACCUUUCAAGUGUACCUAUUGUGAAGAGCACUUUAAAUCCCGGUUUGCAAGAUUGAAGCAUCAAGAAAAAUUCCAUCUUGGUCCUUUCCCGUGUGAUAUUUGUGGUCGUCAGUUCAAUGACACUAGAAAUCUAAAACGCCAUAUAGAAUGUACUCAUGGGGGGAAGAGAAAAUGGGUGUGUUUCAUAUGUGGAAAAUCAGUCAGAGAAAGAACAACUUUGAAAGAACAUUUGAGAAUUCAUAGUGGGGAGAAACCUCAUCUUUGUAGUAUUUGUGGGCAGAGUUUUCGUCAUGGAAGUUCCUACAGACUUCAUCUACGAGUUCACCAUAAUGACAAAAGGUACGAAUGUGAAGAAUGUGGGAAAACGUUUAUUCGGCAUGAUCAUCUAACAAAACACAAAAAAAUACACUCAGGUGAAAAGGCACAUCAGUGUGAGGAGUGUGGAAAGUGUUUUGGCCGUAGAGACCACCUAACUGUCCAUUACAAAAGUGUUCAUCUAGGAGAGAAAGUGUGGCAAAAAUAUAAAGCAACAUUUCAUCAGUGUGAUGUCUGCAAGAAAGUUUUUAAAGGGAAAUCAAGUUUGGAAAUGCAUUUUAGGACACAUUCAGGUGAGAAACCAUACAAAUGUCAAAUCUGUAGCCAGUCCUUUAGAAUUAAGAAGACAUUAACAAAACACAUGGUUAUUCAUUCAGAUGCUCGACCUUUUAACUGCCAGCAUUGCAAUGCAACAUUUAAACGAAAAGACAAGUUGAAAUACCAUAUUGACCAUGUACAUGGAACAAAAGCUGCAGAAGAAACAGUAACCACUUCUGAAGAAAAAGUAAUCUCCUUGCCAGUACAGUACACCCCUGAUGACAAAGUUUUCCAAAUUGAGUCUAAACCAUACAUGGAUCAGCCCGAAGUUUACGAAACAGAAGUCAAACCUAUGCUACAGAAUGUACCAGCAGAAGUAUGUGUGCCAGUAACACUGGUACCAGUUCAGAUGCGGGAACCUCAAGCUGAUCUAGUACAACAUACCACUACUCUCUCACCCCAGUCUCAUGGCAUUCUUCCCCCACAGAUACAGCAGCCAGAUUAUCAACGAACAACAGAAAUGGCAUUUCUGGAAAAAUAUACUCUCACUCCCCAGCCUGCAAAUAUAGUUCAUCCUGUCAGACCUGAGCAAAUGUUGGAUCCUAGAGACCAAUCUUACCUUGGAACUUUAUUGGGGCUUGAUACAGCUCCAACUGUACAGAAUAUGUCAAAUAAUGAACAUUCAUGAUCGGACCCAUAACAUUCCACCUAACUUACUAAGCCAUUAGCCACCAGAGGACUAAUAUGGCUACUAAGUUUUUUGUAGUUUAUUUGGACUUCUAGUCUUCUGAACAGUUUUGUUGAGUGCAAGGAAGAAAUAGAUUUGUUUGCAUAUAUGAACAUUAAGACACAUUUUGAUGUAUAUUUAUAGUGUUUCUUGUGGUUUUAAAGACUUUUAAAAAUCUUAUAGAAGGUCUUUUGAAAACAGGUUCUCAAAUAUCUUUUAAGAAUACUAGCUGCAGCAAACUUUAAUCCCAUACCUGGCCAUUAAUAAAAAUAAUUGUUCACCUGUCUGCAUCUCACUUUCCAAAUAAACCUUUCUUUAGAUAAUGGAAAAGUAUAUUAGAAGGGUUAUGGCCAAUUCAUUAGGGUCACGAUUGGAAAAGAACAUGAAACUAAACCUCUUAAUGAUCCCUCACCUUAAACUAAAAUUUAACUUUAUCCCAGACAAACCUGGUUACAUUUUUUUACUGUAAUUCAUAUCUGAAUAAUGGAAUUAUGAAUCUGAGACUAUAAACAGUACUUGUGCUCUCUUAACCUUGGUUCAAUCUUCUAGAAUGUUUCCAACAUUUGGGCCUUGAAAGGUUUAGAGAUGUGGUGAUAAUAUACUGUAAUCCUCAGGCAAUAAUAAGAUUGGAAUAGUUCAUCCUUGUUUAUGAGCACAGAAUCAAACCAAGCUGAAGUCCGCACUGAUAUGCCCAUUUCUACAUUACUGCUGUGUAAAGUAAUGUAAAAAGCUCUUUUCAGAAAAGUAAUUUGCUUCAAUUCAUUAAAAGAUUAAUGAAAUCAGCAAUUAUAAAUCUUCAGUUGGCUUCUGGAAAAGAAAGUGAAAGGAAGUCAUUUGUUGUUUCACCUUACAUGAUAUACAUUGUAUAUAGGUGACAAAUAAUUAGGAAGAGGAAGGAAGAUUAGAACAUGUAAGGGCUUUAACUAUUCUUUUAUUGUUUCCUUACUGUUCUUCUAGUGUAGAACCAUAUCAAAUCCACUAUCUAGAAUAAUUUAAAUUAUUAAAUCCCUCAAAUUUUCUUCUAGGUGGAGCUCUGCAAAUCCUUGGAUAUCUGCAGAUCAUUUUUGUGGAUUGCGGAUCGGAUGCGCAUACAAACUUUGUAUCCGUGCAGGGUUCUACUUCUAACCUCAUUCCCAAAAUAAUACUUUCCUUGUUUUAGACUCAGUCAAUCUUGUGCCAAAGGAAAUACGUGGAAUCAUACUUGUCUCUCAAUUAUGUCUCAUUAGGGAUUACAUUUUAAACUAAUGUCUACUUCCCAUUAAAAAUCUGGUUUUCUUGCUUUUAUUAUUAUUGUAAAAUAUUUAUAUCCAAUUUCUAAAUUAUGAAACUGAAAGUUCAUUUGCCAUGGUGAGUUGUUGUUAAAGUUCUGCAUUUGGUAGGAGCAUAAAUAGUUUCUGAAAAAAUGUCAGCAUCCUACUGCUACAAACUCUCUUAAUGGCCCUAUCUUAUAAAAUGCUAAUCACUUUCUGUGAGGUGUUUGAGUGCUUUUCAGGAUUGGGGCCAGGACUUGGUGUUUGGUCAUGUGUAGAAACUUUUCAACCUCACUGAUUCUCAUCUAAGUGCACCAAAGAUUUCUGUUAGCAGUUGAAUUAGUACUAGCCUGCAUAGAAUUUAAAUGUAUCAUUAUUUAAAUAAGGACUUGUCCAAAGAAGCACAAUAGAAGUCCUAGACUUACAGAUCUUUAAAAUUCAGUUCCUAUAGUGGGACUAAGUGUAUGUUUAAUUGUUUUGUGUUUAUAUGUACAAAGCAAGAUGAGAUGAAGUACUCUGGGAACGUUCAUACGGAGAUGCUGUACAUAUGUCAGGUAAAAAGAUGAGUACUAAUUAACAUUAUACAACAAUAUUCAGCCCAUUGAAUGCCAUCUUCUAAAAGGACACUGUCAAGUACUGUGCUUCCCGCUUGUUCUCUGCAAAAAAAAAAAAAAAAAAAAAAAAAAGUUUUAAAUGACCACCAUUCUUGCACUCCAAUGCACAAAAAUACUAUUUAGUGUGUACCUUUCAAGUUGACAAGCACUGGAGUUUUUACUCUUCUGUACGCCCAUACUGUUUGUGAAACAUAAACCAAUGUGGUUUCCAAAGGUUAUGCUCAUACCAUCAAAGAUAAACUGACAUCAAUGCUGUCAGCACAGUUCUGAGACUGACAUUCUAACUUUGCAUUCUUUACUUACUUACUUCCUCUGCAAUGAGUGUGGAGAGGAUUUCAAUUAAACAGUGGCUUAAAAUU